UGGUCCGAAAGAUGUAAGAUAAUUUGCUGGGAAAAAUAAUUUGCAGGAUUAUUAGUAUUUCGACUACAUAUUGGCUUCUUUCCCGCCGUGGAUGACUUUGGAGAAAGAAGAUGCCUUCGAGGGCUCUCGUUACGGUCGCGUGGCCCCACGUGGCCCUGCUGGUCACCUUUACCGUGAGCCACGUGCAUCCGAGCCCAUGUCCCAGGGCCUGUCUGUGUGACAACAUCCAGCUCACCGCUUCGUGUGUAGGCAAGAACCUGACAGAGGUGCCACCAACAGUCAGCGAGAUUACAGUUAAGAUGGACUUGAGAGGCAACAGCAUUCAGGAGCUGCACACGGGGGCCUUCCAGCACACCCCCUACCUCACUCAUCUGUCCCUGCAGCGCUGUGACAUCCGGCAGGUGCGUGAAGGAGCUUUCCGCAGCCUGGGGCGCCUGAUCUUCCUCAAUUUGGCCAACAACAAUAUUGAGAUACUGUACCAGGAGUCUUUUGAUGGACUGUCCUCUCUGAAGCAGCUCCUCCUUGACCACAACCGCAUAGAAGAGAUCCAGCCAGGAGCUUUCUCCCAGCUGGGCUUCCUCAACCUGCUGUCUUUAACCCACAACCAGCUUGUGUACCUACCCAACAUGGUCUUUCAAGGUCUGCAGAACAUCAAGUGGCUGCGAAUGAGCUACAACUCCCUUAACACCCUGGAUUCAGAAGCGUUUGCUGGCCUCUUCACCCUCACACGCCUUAGCCUGGACCACAAUGAACUUCAGUUCUUUCCCACUGAAGCCUUGACAAGACUUCCAGAGCUGACCCGACUGGAGCUGAGCUACAAUCCCAUGACCUACCUUGGGGAGGAAACCGUAGCCAUGUCUAAGCUUACCCAUCUCUUCCUGGACCACAUGUCUCUGCAGGACUUCUCUGAGAUGGCGCUAGCUCUAGCACCCAACGUGGUCCACCUUGACCUGAGCCACAACCAGCUGCGAAACUUGCAGCCCCUUUCAGGGCCUGAGAAGCUGCUACGCCUCAACCUGACAGGCAACCCUUUCUACUGCAGCUGCUACUUGCGGCCACUAAGAGAGUGGGCCUACCAAGGCCGUGUGCGGCUGCUCGGCACCUGUGCUGGACCCCCUCACCUUUCUGGUGAAAGCCUGGAGGGUCUACACCCCCCUGAGCUGCGCUGCCAGAGCCAGGAAGCCAUGCUGAAGGCAGAGUUGGAGGAGUUGAGCAGGGCCAUGCCCUCACCUACCCCUCAGCCUGAUGAGGUCAAGUGUCCUGUUAACUGCAACUGUGAGGCCGAGAGCCACCACUCUUCUUGUGAGAAUCGGGGCCUCACCAGGAUUCCCCGUGAUUUCCCUCCGGACACCCGUCUCUUGGACCUGCGUGGAAACCACUUCCACUAUAUUCCCAGUAACAGCUUCCCCAAAGUUCCCCAGGUGGUCUCCCUGCACUUGCAACGGUGCAAGAUACAUGAAUUGGAGUCAGGUGCCUUUAGUGGCAUGAGGGGCCUAAUUUACCUUUAUCUUUCAGAGAACAACCUUUCUUCACUCAGUUCUGAUGCCUUCAAAGGCCUUCCACAACUAACAUACCUCCACCUGGAACGAAACAAGUUCACCAAGUUCCCUAAAGAUGCCUUCAGGUUACUGCCAAACCUGUUGGCCUUGCACCUGGAGCACAAUUCCAUAGCCAGGCUGGACCAGGGUGUUUUGACUGGUGCUCAGAAACUGAGAGGGCUGUAUCUGACUGCAAACAGCAUCAGUACAGUGGCCCCUAAGGCCUUUCACCUUGCCCCCUUCCUCAAAGUCCUCCACCUAGGAGGGAACCGCCUAAGUGAGGUACCAACACACGCACUCAGCAACACUCCCAGCUUAUCCGAGCUCCGCCUUUCUGGGAACCCCAUUCGCUGGAUUGGACCAAAAGCAUUUGCACCUUUUGCACGCAGUCUGCAGCAUCUGUUCUUGGACAACAUGAGGUUAGAGAAGAUGUCAAAGGACUCCCUGGCAGGCCUGGGACCUGGGCUCCUUAGCCUUCUCCUAGAGGGGAACCAGCUAGAGGAAUUGCCAAGCCUGCACCCGUUCACUGGGCUUGAAGUCAUCAAUCUGGCAGAAAAUCCUUUUGUGUGUGACUGUCCCUUGCUGCCCCUUCGAAAGUGGAUUGAGAAGGUGAACCUUAAAGUGAGGGCCACCUGUGGUCAUCCUCCUGAAUUAAAAGGCCGGAAGGUUAAAGAUGUCCACGUUUUUAAGGCCUGUCCAGGGGAGAAGCCUCCCCCUGUGCAAAUGUCGACGGGCCACAGGGCUCCAAAAGUCACCAGAGUUACAUCAGCCCACCUGUCCAACAGAGCUAAAGUGAAACAACAGAGGGGUCAGAAAGCUGUAGGAACCCCAAGAACAGCCAAGUAGAAAUGUGCAUGUAGUACCUGAGUGUAACCACCAGGGGGCAUUUGAAAUGGAAACCAUUAACCUCAGAACCCAAGGCAAGUCUCAGCCCCAUACAUGCAGAACAGUGCAUGACCUUCACUGAAAAUGUGUUGAUCCUUGGAGAACACUCCAGAAAACCAUUAAAAAGUGCAGGCAUUUGUCAAUAUGGGGGCAGCUGGUAAUGUAGUGGUUAGUGCUGUUGCUCUUGGAUCCAAAGGUUGGCUGUAUGAAUCUAACCUGCUGCAGUAGUACACUUGACCAAGGUAUUUACCCUAAACUGCUCCAGUAGAAUUA